AUCGCCACCGUGGGCGCAGCCAUUCGGAGGAAGGAGAAUGGUUGGUAUGAUGAAGAGCAUCCAUUGGUCUUCCUCUUCCUGGGAUCCUCUGGAAUAGGCAAGACCGAGCUGGCCAAGCAGACAGCCAAGUACCUGCACAAGGACAUCAAGAAGGGCUUCAUCAGGUUGGACAUGUCUGAGUUCCAGGAGAGGCAUGAGGUGGCCAAGUUCAUUGGCUCCCCGCCAGGCUACGUGGGGCACGAGGAGGGCGGGCAGCUGACUGCCAGGCUGCGGCAGUGCCCCAGCGCCGUGGUGCUCUUCGACGAGGUGGACAAGGCUCACCCUGACGUCCUCACCAUCAUGCUGCAGCUCUUCGACGAGGGCAGGCUGACAGACGGGAAGGGCAAGACCAUCGACUGCAGAGAUGCCAUCUUCAUCAUGACCUCCAACGUGGGCAGCGAGGAGAUCGCCCAGCAUGCCCUGCAGCUGCGCCAGGAGGCCCAGCAGCUGUGCCAGCCCUGGGGGGCAGGCGACCCAGGCGCUGCUGGUGCCCAGGAGGUGACUCUGUCGAGGCACUUCAAGGAGAAGGUCAUCAGGCCCCUGCUGAAGGCGCACUUCAGGCGGGAUGAGUUCCUGGGCAGGAUCAAUGAGGUUGUUUACUUCCUGCCCUUCUGCCACGCGGAGCUGCUGCAGCUGGUCCAGAAGGAGCUCAGCUUCUGGGCCAAGAAGGCCAAGGCGAGGCACAACAUCACCCUGCUGUGGGACAGGGAGGUGAUGGACGUGCUGGCAGAUGGCUACAACCUGCACUACGGAGCCAGGUCCAUCAAGCAUGAGGUGGAGCGCCGCGUGGUGAACCAGCUGGCAGCUGCCUACGAGCAGGAGCUGCUGCCCAAGGGCUGCACCCUGAGGAUCACAGUGGAGGACUCGGACAAGCAGCUGCUGAAGAGCCCCGAGAGGGCAGAGGGGGGGCCCGGUGCCAAGGUGCCCACCCUGAGGCUGGAGCUGGUGGAGCAGGGCAGCAGGUCCCGGCGGCUGGAGAUCCGAGCGCCCCUCAGCCCCGACAGCCUCAGCCACUUCCUCUAGGCACUGCCAGCACCGCCCUCUGCUGCCCCCUGGCACUGCCAGCACCGCCCUCUGCUGCCCCCUGGCGCUGCCAGCCCUGCCCUCUGCUGCCAAUAAACCCCUCUGGCACCUG